AUGGUGGAAUACGCUGUUCUACAAUGUGCUACUGUGUUUUCGAUUGUCGCUGUUUUAACACUUUACAGCUAUCUGCCAUUCUUGUCGUAUCGCAUAUCGAUAAUACGAUCCUUGCUGCAAAGUGAGCUGACCGCAUUCUCCGAACUGGAAACAAAUGCCUUGAACGAAUUACAUCUCGAGGCAAAGAAGAGUCGUCUGUCUCGUCACGUCUAUGAUUACUGCGAAUGUCAGCACGCUAAUAACUGCCCACGUGGAAAACCAGGAAAACGAGGACAAGACGGUGUUGAUGGAAUACCUGGUGCGGAUGGUCCACCUGGGGUGCCAGGAGAACCUGGUGUACUACCCGAACUGCUGUAUCGCCAUGUGGACGGUUGCAUGAUCUGCCCAUAUGGACCUAAAGGAAAACCAGGCGCUGGAGGACCAAACGGUCCACAGGGUAAGCCUGGAUAUCCGGGUGUGAAUGGACGCACUGGAAUCCCAGGAAAACGUGGAAGUGCCGGUCAAAGUGGGCCACCUGGUCCCCGUGGACAAAGUGGCCGAAUUGGUCCAACGGGAAAACGAGGAAAUCCUGGAAGCAGGGGUCUCAAAGGACGUGACGGUGAACCAGGUAAAAUAGGUCCCAUGGGAAGUCCGGGAAAGCUGGGAACUCCAGGAAAGCCAGGUCAGAUGGGUCCACGAGGCCCUCAAGGACCAAAUGGAAGCAUAGGAAGAAGAGGCGAACUAGGAAAGCCAGGAAUGCCUGGACUGCCUGGACAUCGUGGACCACCGGGUCGAGAUGCCGAUUAUUGCGUCUGCCCAGACAGAACACCAAAGGGAUAA